GAGACGCGCCGUACUUUUCGCCUUCCAUGUUUGCCGUCGCUAACGUUGAUUGUGGAGUAAGGAUGUAGGGUUGGGGUGUCGGCGCAACAGGUGAGUGAAGUCGGUCGCGUCAAAGAAAUCUCCAGAAGUCCCAAAGGGCAGGCCGGGCGUCGGCUUGGCAUGCAGCGCUAGCGCGGAACCUGGAGCUGGACCCCCACCAAUUCCGCCCAUCUCGAACCUGAACAUGGCCUCUUCAAACGAAAUCCCCAAUCUACGAACACUUCUCGGACAAGGCCGUGGCGGAUCAUCACGAGGCAGAGGACGUGGAAGAGGCGGCCUUGGUACUUCUAGCGAGGGACGGGCACAAGUUCUCGACAAUGCCGUCAAGGCUACGGAUCAAGAUGCGGCGGGGAGCAGGGUGAGCUGUGUAGAGCUUGGCUAUCUUCACGACCCGUAUGCGAAGCUGUUUGCGACACAGCAGACGACAAGGAAACUGCCAUUGCUCAACCGGGGCACUUAUGUUCGCACCUCGGCCAUCGACCUCUUAGUCGCCAAGUUCCUCACUACCCACCCGUCGUCGGCGAAGCAGAUCGUCUCCCUCGGUGCUGGCACUGACACGCGAUUCUUCCGCCUUCUCGACCUAUACCCUCAGACGCGCCUCGUAUACCAUGAGAUCGACUUCCCUACCAACACACAGGCCAAGAUAGCCGCCAUACAGAGGCAACCGCUACUGCAUCGGAAGCUCUUACACAUGCCGUCAACUUUGGACUCGUACUAUUCGGAUACCUACAACAUUCAUGCGCUUGACUUACGGUCUCUGGCGAGUUCGUCAGAAGAGGCGCCCCUACCUCAGAUACCCAACCUGGACCCGAGCAUACCUACAUUGAUCUUGUCCGAGAUGUGCCUGGUUUACUUGCAGCCUUCGACAGUAAAAUCGAUAGUGUCAUCAUUAUUGACGCAUUACCUACACCCUGCAACGCCCGCCUCUCUCAUACUCUACGAGCCUAUCCUACCCCAAGAUGCCUUUGGCCGGACCAUGAUAUCGAACCUCCAGAGCCGAAACAUCCACCUUCACACAUUGACGGCAUAUCCCGAGUUGGGCGACCAACGCGCACGCUUACAGGGCUAUGGCUUGACAGACGGAGCCAAGGUCGCAGAUACAAACACUAUCUGGCGAAGAUGGACUAGUGAUGAGGAGAAGGAGCGCAUCGCUGGUUUGGAAUUCCUAGACGAGCUGGAGGAACUGGAAAUGUUACUCCGGCAUUACUGCGUCGCAUGGGGCUGGAGAGACGGCAAAAGCGAUGUCUUUUCGAAGGCUUGGGCGGAUGUAAGGGAGUAGGGAUCGGUAGGCCCUCACUUGAGAUGCAGCCGUGAGCAUAUUGAUAAUUAUCCUGUAUCUGAGAACGAACAAGGAAUCUAUGUCUGCGGCAU